UAUUGUUAACAAUGAAAAUAAUGAUUAUCCAAGUGUUUCAAAAUUAUUAUAUUUCCUAUUUGCUCCCACAUUGAUAUAUCGCAAUUCAUAUCCAAUGAGAUCCAAAAUUAAAUGGUCAUUCAUAGUAUUUCACCUAGUACAAAUGUUAUUGACAAUAAGCGCAUUGGUAUCAUUUCGAAAAUUUUAUGCAAUCGAUAUGGAAACUAUUGGUUCCCAAUCGUAUCAUUUGAGAAACAUGUUAAAAUCGAUAACCCUGCGCACAUUUUAUCAAUUUGUAAUGGGAGGAACACUGUUCUACCUGUUCUGGCACUGUUGGCUUAACUUGUGGGCCGAACUGGUCAUGUUCGGUGACCGAUAUUACUAUGGCAAGUGGUGGACAAGUGUCGAUACCAAACAGUGGCUCCGGGAGUGGAAUAUUAUAGUCCAGGACUGGAUAUACUUCUAUCUCUAUAAACCGAUAUUACGGGUCACACAUAAUAAUAGUUUUACAAUAUUUGUGGUCAUAUUUAUGUCGACUUUAGUUCAUGAAAUGAUAGCCUCAUUUAUGCUUCGCUUUUAUUUACCAGUAUUUAUCAUUGUAUUCGGUAUUAUUACCAGUAUAUUUGUGAUAUUUGGCAAAACAGUACAUUUACUUCCACAUGGUUUCGAAAAUAUAGGUUACAUAAUAGCACUAUUGAUGGGUCCGGUUGUGUUUUUUACAAUUUAUACACUUGAAUGGUAUGCCCGUAAUAAUGGAUUUUGUCCAAAAAAAUUGGACUCGUUGACGGAUUUUUUUUGGCCUCGAAUUUUGUCAUGUAUUCAGUUAUAA